UGUCGGGCUCCGACUCCCGCAGCUUCUCUUCCAGUUCAGCGGGUCAGGGUCGGCCGGGUGCGGGUCGCAGAGCCGGCUGCUCAGCGCGGGUGUGCUCGGGGCGGGCGGGCUGUCUGGUGGGUGAGGCUGGAGGGGGCGGAGGUGCGAGAGCCGCGCUGCUCUCCUCCCGAUCAGUCGCUGGACAGCGCCGUGAGCCUGGGGACUCAAGUCGGGGCAGAGGCAGGUGGACCCGAGGGCCCGCUCGAGCCGCAGGCUUGAACUUCACCCAGGGAGCAGCCUCCGCCUGUCCCGCCUGGCCGCACACGCGUGACUUCCCCUGUGAGCCGGCUGGCCGUGAAGUCCGCCGGGGCGGCUACCCGGCUGCCCUGUCCCGGCGAAGCUGCCGGGGCGGCUGGCGCGCGAUCUCAAGCAGAUGCGGGGUCCUCCGGCGGCGCAGCCACCAGUCGCCCAGCUUGCUAUGCCUCUGCGCUGCGAGAUAACCAGACAGCUAAAUGGAGUCUGAGCAGCUGUUCCAUAGAGGCUACUAUAGAAACAGCUACAACAGCAUAACAAGCGCCAGUAGCGAUGAGGAGCUCUUAGAUGGAGCAGGUGCUAUUAUGGACUUUCAGACUUCUGAAGAUGACAAUUUGUUAGACGGUGACACAACAGUUGGAACUCAUUAUACAAUGACAAAUGGAGGCAGCAUUAAUAGCUCUACACACUUGCUGGAUCUUUUGGAUGAGCCGAUCCCAGGUGUUGGUACAUACGAUGAUUUCCAUACUAUUGACUGGGUUCGAGAGAAGUGUAAAGACAGAGAAAGGCACAGACGUAUCAAUAGUAAAAAAAAGGAAUCAGCAUGGGAAAUGACAAAAAGUCUAUAUGAUGCCUGGUCAGGAUGGCUUGUAGUUACCUUGACAGGACUGGCUUCAGGAGCACUGGCUGGAUUAAUAGACAUUGCUGCUGACUGGAUGACUGACCUGAAGGAGGGCAUUUGCCUCAGUGCAUUGUGGUACAACCAUGAGCAGUGUUGUUGGGGGUCUAAUGAAACGACGUUUGAAGAGAGGGAUAAAUGUCCACAGUGGAAAACAUGGGCUGAGUUAAUCAUAGGUCAAGCAGAGGGCCCGGGAUCUUAUAUCAUGAACUACAUAAUGUACAUCUUCUGGGCUUUGAGUUUUGCCUUUCUUGCAGUUUCUUUGGUGAAAGUAUUUGCUCCGUAUGCCUGUGGCUCUGGAAUCCCAGAGAUUAAAACUAUUUUGAGCGGAUUCAUCAUCAGAGGUUACUUGGGGAAAUGGACUUUAAUGAUAAAAACCAUCACAUUAGUGCUGGCUGUGGCCUCGGGUUUGAGUUUAGGAAAAGAAGGUCCCUUGGUCCAUGUUGCCUGUUGCUGUGGAAAUAUCUUUUCCUACCUCUUUCCAAAGUACAGUACAAAUGAAGCUAAAAAGAGGGAGGUGCUGUCAGCCGCUUCUGCCGCAGGUGUUUCUGUAGCCUUUGGAGCACCGAUUGGAGGAGUUCUUUUUAGUUUGGAAGAGGUUAGCUAUUAUUUUCCUCUCAAAACUUUAUGGAGAUCAUUUUUUGCUGCUUUGGUGGCUGCAUUUGUUUUGAGGUCCAUCAAUCCAUUUGGUAACAGCCGUCUGGUCCUCUUUUAUGUGGAAUACCACACACCAUGGUACCUUUUUGAACUGUUCCCUUUUAUUCUCCUAGGAGUAUUUGGAGGGCUUUGGGGAGCCUUUUUUAUUAGGGCAAAUAUUGCCUGGUGUCGUCGACGUAAGUCCACCAAGUUUGGAAAGUAUCCUGUCCUUGAAGUCAUUAUUGUUGCUGCCAUCACUGCUGUGAUAGCUUUCCCCAACCCAUACACUAGGCUCAACACCAGUGAGCUGAUUAAAGAACUCUUCACAGACUGCGGGCCGCUGGAGUCCUCUUCUCUCUGUGACUACAGAAAUGACAUGAAUGCCAGCAAAAUGGUUGACGACAUUCCUGACCGUCCAGCAGGUGUUGGAGUCUAUUCAGCUAUCUGGCAGUUGUGCCUAGCACUCAUCUUUAAAAUAAUAAUGACAGUAUUCACUUUUGGUAUCAAGGUUCCGUCAGGCUUGUUCAUCCCCAGCAUGGCCAUUGGAGCAAUUGCAGGGAGGAUUGUGGGGAUUGCCGUGGAGCAGCUUGCCUACUAUCACCACGACUGGUUUAUCUUCAAGGAAUGGUGUGAGGUUGGGGCUGACUGCAUCACACCGGGGCUUUAUGCCAUGGUUGGUGCUGCCGCGUGCCUAGGUGGUGUGACAAGAAUGACUGUCUCCCUGGUGGUUAUUGUCUUUGAACUUACUGGAGGCUUGGAAUAUAUUGUUCCUCUUAUGGCUGCAGUAAUGACCAGUAAAUGGGUUGGUGAUGCCUUCGGUAGAGAAGGCAUUUAUGAAGCACAUAUCCGACUAAAUGGGUACCCUUUCUUGGAUGCAAAAGAAGAAUUCACUCAUACAACUCUGGCUGCCGAUGUCAUGAGACCUCGAAGAAGUGAUCCUCCCUUAGCUGUUUUGACUCAGGACAAUAUGACAGUAGAUGACAUAGAAAACAUGAUUAAUGAAACCAGCUACAAUGGCUUUCCUGUUAUAAUGUCAAAAGAAUCUCAGAGAUUAGUGGGAUUUGCCCUCAGAAGAGACCUGACAAUUGCAAUAGAAAGUGCCAGGAAGAAACAAGAAGGUAUUGUUGGCAGUUCUCGGGUAUGUUUCGCACAGCAUACUCCAUCUCUCCCAGCAGAAAGCCCUCGGCCAUUAAAACUGAGAAGCAUCCUUGAUAUGAGCCCUUUUACAGUAACAGACCACACCCCGAUGGAGAUUGUGGUAGACAUCUUCCGAAAACUGGGCCUGAGGCAGUGCCUUGUAACUCACAACGGGAUUGUCUUGGGGAUCAUCACAAAGAAGAACAUUUUAGAGCAUCUCGAGCAACUAAAGCAGCACGUGGAGCCCUUGGCGCCUCCUUGGCAUUAUAACAAAAAAAGAUAUCCUCCGUCAUAUGGCCCAGACGGCAAACCAAGACCCCGCUUCAAUAAUGUUCAACUGAGUUCUGUAGAUGAGGAGAGAGAGGAGACAGAAGAGGAAGUUCGUUUGUUGAAUAGCACAAUUCUUUAAUAUGAGGGACUCGUCCACUUUUUUCUUCUUAAAAAAAAAAAAAGACAAAGAAAGAAAGAAAGGAAAUACAAGCCGAGCUUUUGCAACCUGGUUUGCAAAUAAUGCUGGGAGACUGGAGGGAUUGUUCGGGGAGGGAGAAGGAGCAGGAGUGAGGUACUUCCCUAACUGACUGGAGCGGUAGUUCAUCUCGUGCUGUCCUGCACUGGCUGCAUUCACUGAGGCUAUGCAGUGAGAGUGCAGGCCUGAGCCUUCAUGGAGCCUUCACUGGAGUCCUCAAGCCUCUGGCUGUCCUUCAGCACCACAGAGACUCUCAGUCCCUGUUUCUGGAGGGAUCACUUUGAAUUGAGCCAUCUAUUAAGACUGCAAGGUCUUGCCCUUUUAUAUCAGAACUGUUGUGUUUAACUCAUGAAAUGUAUAGUUAAGCAUUACCUUUCUACAUUCCAAAAGAGCUUCUCUCUCCUCCCACCCGCUCUCCCCUUUUCUGACCUGUAACAAAACCUCUUUAAAUUGGUGUGCCCUUUUGAAGCAGUCCUUUCUCAUAUUGAGACGUACUGUGAUUUGACUGAGGUUUCAUCACAAGAAGGGAAUGUUUCUUGUGCCAUUAACCAUGUAGUUUGUACCAUCACUAAAGGCUUGGAAACGUGCACACACACCACUGCUGUCCAGCAGGUAAAAUCUUGAGAUGUGAAUGAAAUACCCAGCUUGUGUGAUGUGUGGUUCAGAAUCAGAAACAAAGAAACUUGACUCUAAUCAGUUUUAUUUUUUCCUCUCAGACUUUAUGGAUAAUGUGACCUAGUCGUCUGCAGAUUUUCUAUUUCUGAAAGGACUACUAUGACAUAAAAGUGCUGUUCAGCAUCACUGAACCCAGGCUGCUGCUGUGACAGCAAAGAGAAGGAAGGAAUCUGUUCAGCUGUACCUGGAAUUAAUUGCAUGUUAAACACUGGAACUUUUUUCUUCAAAUUAGAUUAUUCUUUUAUUUCAGGAUGUUUCACUGCUGACACUGGAGAUGAAAUGUAACUCAUAACUUGCACUAAAUGUAUAUUUCUUUUCUUAAAAAUUUACCAUUCUUAUUUAUAUUUUUAUGGAUUAAAAUUUAUAAAAUACAGAUCAGUUAAUAUUGCACUUAAAUAAUUUUACCUUUCUAAUGUGAUUUUUUUAAUAGACUAAUUCUGACUUACAAAUAUGGAGGUAUGAACAAAGAUUACAAUGGGCGCAAGGGUUUAAGAAGAUGCGGUCACUUCUGUGACCCAGAGUGCACACGAUACCUUCUGAGUUCUCACUGCCAUCUUCUGGUUAUGCCCUCUGACCUGUCCAUUCCUACUCACAAACUAGAAAGUUGAGAAUGCCAUUAAUUACUACCUGGAGAUUAAAACCAAAUCCUUGUAAAAGAAAAAAAAAGCAAACAAAAAUGAGAACAAUAAAAUCAUAAUCUGAGUAUACCCUUUAAAUCAUUGAGUAGGUCACGACCUUCCAUGAAGUGUUCAGUGAUGAUUUGUUUGGAUAGCUGCAGUGCACGCUUUUGCAGGAUUCAUUAUAAGGUACUUCAGAGUAUUUGGAAUUGUCAUUGGAAAUGCCUGUUUUAAUCAUGGUCUUAACUCGCUGCUGGCAAAGACAGUUCACUCACUCACUAGACUGGCCCAGAUAUCUGUGAGUUUGCAUUUUUGGAAGGCAAAUGCAUGUGUGCAGACAUUUUCUGAAACAACUGGCAAUGAGCCAUUUUUACUAUCUGUGAGAUCACAUUAGCUCUGUAUGAUCUUGAUGACUUAAAAGAUCAGGAGGCCAUAUUAGGAUGAUCCCAAGUUUAACAAACUUUUAGGGUUUUUCAGCUGUGCUCUCUGCCAAUAUUUUUGUCUUACUUCUGUUGGCAGAUUUCAAGAUUUUUCAUGGCCCCUUCAUUGUUGUUUGGCUAAACAGAGUAAGCUCAUUAAUAAUAAUAGUCUUUGUGGUGUGCAAGGCCCUGCAGGGGUACAGACUCCUUUCUGGGUUCCAAGUCUUCAAAGGAGAAGCCAGUUUCUUGGAGCAUCACAUAGUGAAACUGAACAUUAUUUUAUUUUCCCAUUUCCUUUUCAGAUUCUGCUCCCAUGACCCAUCUUGUUUCAGAGAGUAACAUUUCACGGUACAUAUUAAAGUAUUCAUUUUCUUCUUCGUUACAUUUCUCUACUUCUGAUGUGUCUUACUACUGAAAACAUGAAAAGUACCGUGUUUUUAAUGCAUUCAGAGGUUUGGGUUUUUGCUUUUUUCUUUACGGUAUUACCAUCUGUUCUAUUUUUCUUUUUCAUACAUUGUUUGGUUGAUUUUCAACCAAAUAAGAUAGUGGAGACCGUGAACUACAUGUGCCUAGCUAAUUGGCAAACUGAUUGACCAAUAUUGAGUACAGCGCCUUAUUUGAGUACCCUUUUAAAGAAGGUAUGAUGAAAAUGGGCAAGGGUGUCAGCAUCUCUUAUUAAUAAUUGCUUUUGGUUUUGGUUCCUGAAGAAUGCUUAGUUGUUAAUCUGUGAUGUUGCCUAGAGCUGUAUUUAUCUGUUUUUAUUUAUACUAGUGUAGUAAAGCUGCAUAUCAUUACAGUAAAAAUGAUUACUGUGAUGAGUUAAUAAGAAAAUCUAUUAAAAUCUCUACUUCAAUGUGU